AUGGUCAAAGCAGGUUUUUCUGGAGAUGAUGCACCUACAGCAGUUUUUCCCGCCAUAACUGGUCGUCCUAGAUAUCAGCUACCACAAGCCAUCAAACGUCUUGAUCUCGAAGGGCGAGAUUUAACCGCCUAUUUACAACGUAUCCUCCACGCGAGAGGUUAUAACUUUGUCACAACAGCUGAUAAUGAAAUUGUCAGAGACAUCAAAGAAAAGCUUGGUUUUACGGCUCUUAAUUUCGUACAGGAACUUAAAGCAUCACCCAAAUCAUCCUAUUUAGAGAAAUUCUAUGCAUUACCGGAUGGGACUAUGAUUAGCGUUGGUAACAAGCGUUUCCAGUGUCCAGAAUUAAUGUUCAAGCCAUCAUUAAUAGAUAUGGAAUCUUGUGAUGUCCAUGAAAUGGUUUAUAACUCUAUAAUGAUGUCUGAAAUUGACAACAGAAGAGAUUUGUACAACAACAUCGUCCUGUCCGUAGGGUCUACAAUGUUUCCUGGUUUUGUAGAUCGUAUGAGGAAGGAACUGGAUGCCAUAGUUCCAAGUACUGUGAAAAUAAAAGUUAUCGCACAACCAGAAAGAAAGUAUUCCGUGUGGAUUAGAGGUUCCAUACUUGGUUCAUUAUCAACAUUCCAACAAAUGUGGAUAUCGAAGACGGAGUAUGAUGAAUAUGCACCAAAAAUGCUUUUAAAUCAUAUUGCAUGUUUUAUUGACAAUCAAUUCGACAUUCAAUCCUUGUCUUACAUAAUACUUUAUCAUGGAUAA